AUGCAUGUCUUUGGACUGUGGGAGGAAGCCAGAGCACUCCAAGAGAACCCAGGAAGACACGGGAUGAACAUGCAAACUCCACACAGAAAGGCCCAAGAUGACCAAGCCUCUCUGACUGUGAGUCCCAGCAGCUCUCAGCUGUUUGAAGGAGAGUCUGUCUCUCUGAGCUGUGAGGAGGAGGACAGCUCUGCUGGAUGGACGCUGAGGAGGAACACAACCAGAGGAACCAGGACUCAGUGUGGAGCUGGCUGGGGAAGAUCAGCAGGUUCUUCCUGUAACAUCAGCUACAUCGACCCAGUGGACAGUGGAGUUUACUGGUGUGAGUCCAGAGAUGGAGCAACCAGUAACACCAUCAGCAUCACUGUCACUGGUGGACCAGUGAUCCUGCAGAGUCCUGUCCUCCCUGUGAUGGAGGGACAUGAUGUCACUCUGCAUUGUAAAACAAAGACCCCUCCCUCCAACCUCACAGCUGGUUUCUAUAAAGAUGGCUCCCUCAUCAGGACUGAGCCUACAGGUCACAUGACCAUCCACCAUGUUAACAAGUCUGAUGAAGGCCUCUACAAGUGUGACAUCAGAGGUCGUGGAGAGUCUCCAUCCAGCUGGAUCUCUGUCACAGGUAAACCUACAACCACAGACCCGCCCACCUCUGUAGCCCCGCCCACCUCUGUAGCCCCGCCCCCGGCCUCAGUCCCCCUCCAGCUUGUGUUCAGACUGGUCUGCCACCUGGUGGUGUUCUGUCCGUACUGCAUCUCCACUGUCCUCAUGGUGUGUUUAUAUCGACGCAGGCCCACAGGAAAUGACCUGCCCGUCUCCAUGGUGAUGAUCCCGCCGACCCAGGUUGAGGAGGGAUUGGAUGAUGGCUAUGAUGACGUCAUCAGCUGAUCAGAGAUCAAAGUAGUUCACCCUGCUGAUCAUUACAUGGUUCACUUUAAAAGAGACGUCAGUACAAACUGUUGUUUCUGUGAAGACCAUCCAGAAACUGUUUGCAGCUCUCCUGGUUCUGUUUACACACCAGAACAUUUUGGCAGAUUCAUCACUGACUGUGUUUAUAAAGACUUUAUUGUGGGAGAAUGAGGUGUUUUCAUUUAAUAGAAGUGAAAGUAAAGAAAAUAUUUAGUUUAUUAUAAAUUUAUUAAUUCUGUUGGCAAAAUUCCACAUUCAUAAAUAAUAAAAAAAAACUAAUGUUGUUCUUUUUCUCCAUGAGGUUGUGCUUUAAAUUAAUUUGAUUUCUGGCUCCAACAACAAAAAGGCGUUAAAACUGUCAACAUGUGCUCGUCUUUCUUUUUCUAAUAGCCUCUAAGCUUCCCCUGGCAAAGCUUUAUAUUAUUGUGUCUGUGUUUUAUAUGUAUUUGUAUGCUGUUGUGUUUAUCUUUGUAAGUCUCAU